AUGGGAAAGCGAGGAAAAAAAUUUGGUGGUAGUAAUCGCGGAAGUCGUAAAGAUUACGCCGUUAUCGAAAAAAAGAACGAAAAAUUUGAGCAGUAUUAUAAUGGGCUCGGAAUUGUUCCAGAAGAGGAACAGGAGGAACUGUGGGAAGCUUUGCGACGCAACCUUCCCAAUAGUUUUCGCUUCACCGGUUCGCGAAAACAUGCCCUAGCAGUCCAGGAACGCCUCAAAGAGUUUUAUAUUCCAAACAUCGUUUCCAUUCGAUAUGAAGGCGAAUUGGUCGAACCGCCUCGCCCCGUUCCGUGGUACCCAGACCAAUUGGCUUGGUCCAUGACAACUCCAAAGCAAGUUGUGAGACGCUUUCCUCCGUUUGCGUCUUUCCAAAAAUUCCUUGUUUCGGAAACUGAAGUCGGAAAUAUCAGUCGCCAAGAAAUUGUUAGCAUGAUUCCCCCAUUGCUUUUGGAUGUACGCCCUGGAAUGGUCGUACUGGAUAUGUGUGCCGCCCCAGGAAGCAAAUCUGCCCAGUUAAUGGAGAUGAUUCAUGCCGGAGAAGAGGAGCAGUUGAAAAAAGUAACAGAUAAACUGGAGGCGGAUAGCUCUCAGGUGCCAUUACCCGGGAAGGUUGAUAUCCAACAGUUGCUUAAUGCGGAGGAGGGCGAUGAUACUAACAAUGCUGCUGUUGGGUUUGAGGAUGACGGCAGAUCAACUGGAUUGCUGAUUGCUAAUGAUAGCGAUUCCAAGCGAGCCCACAUGUUAAUCCAUCAAAUGAAGCGGCUUAACUCGCCAAAUCUUCUGGUAACAAACCACGAUGCUACCAUGUAUCCUUCUAUCAAGCUACCACCACUUAUUGCGGAUCAAACACACAAUCGGAACCGGUACCUGAAAUUUGAUCGCAUCCUUGCGGAUGUACCUUGCUCAGGUGAUGGGACGACGCGCAAAAACAUUAACGUUUGGAAAGAUUGGAACCCUGCAAAUGGUAUCGGGUUACAUCUAACCCAAAGUAGAAUUCUUGUUCGAGCUCUACAAAUGCUGAAAGUUGGGGGACGCGUAGUGUAUUCUACGUGCAGCAUGAACCCCGUUGAAAAUGAAGCUGUUGUUGCAACUGCGAUUGGCCGCUGUGGUGGCUCAGAUAAAGUCGAGAUUAUUGACUGCAGCAAUGAUCUGCCUGGCUUGAAGAGGUCCCCAGGUCUGAUGUCAUGGACAGUUAUGGAUAAGCAAGGAAGGGUCUGGGAUAGCUGGGAUGCAGUUGAAAAAGAAACCGCUCUUGGAGAUGACACAUUAAAACGACUUACCGAGGGAAUGUUCCCACCAUCUGUCGAAGGUAAACCCGAUUUAACAAGAUGCAUGCGGGUUUACCCCCAUCAGCAGGAUACGGGCGGUUUUUUCAUAACUGUUCUUGAAAAAAAGAGCGAAAUUAGGGCAAGGCCUGAAGGUCAAAAGGCGACUCCUGCGAUACCUAUAGAGGUAGAAAAUCCUUCGCCUCAGGAUAUGGCACCGACCCUCGUCCCUGUCGAUACCAUCACAGCCCCCUCUGACUGUGGGGAAAUCAACCAAAAGGCCGAUCUGGUGUCCUCAGCAGAACUUUCUGCUUCCAAGCGAGACUCGGAUCACCUUGACGGCGAACCUGAGACCAAGCGCGCUAAAGUGUCAAAUGAGCCCGCCACUUUGACAGCGUCAGUAAAAAUGAAGCCAAUAGAGAACGCCAUUUCGCGCCCGCGGAAACAAAGGCCUGGGCAGUCACUUGAGGAACCGUUUAAGUAUUUAAACCCUACACUUGAGGAAUUUGACACGAUCUUCGAGUUCUAUAGCCUGUCCUCUCGGUUUCCCAGAGAUCGGUUUAUGGUCCGAAACGCUGAAGGUCGGCCCACCAAAACGAUUUAUUACACCACUGCAUUAGCACGAGAUAUUUUGACAGAAAAUGAAGGCAGCGGUAUGAAAUUCGUCCAUUGUGGUGUUAAGAUGUUUGUAAAGCAAGACGUGCAGCGGCCAGAUGUCUGUCCUUGGAGAAUCCAAAAAGAUGGCCUCUCUCUGCUCGAACCUCUCAUUGGAACCAAAAGAACUGUCAAGAUAUAUAAAAAGGCAACACUACAUACGUUGCUUGUUGAAAUGUUUCCAAAGGUAAACGAUGGUGGUUGGAAGAAUUUGGGUGAAUUAGGAGAGUGGGCGAAAGAGAUUGAUAUGGGAUGCUGUGUUCUAAAGCUUGAGCCCACCAGUGGUGAAGACGGAUUCCAUGAACGCAUGAUCCUUCCUUUGUGGCGAAGCCUUCACUCCCUGAAUCUGAUGUUGCCUAAAGAGGAACGGCGAGCAAUGCUUUUACGACUAUUCAAUGACGAAACACCCUUGAUAAACACCACGCAGAAGAAAGAAGCCGCUACUGCAUCAGCAAUGGAAAAUGGCCUGAAAUCUCCAGGAGCUGAAGAAUUAAGUGACCGGCCGGAAGACGGUGCUGAAGGUGAGAGGCUACCAAUAGGAGGAGAUGAGGCGGAAUCGUGA